GUGGUGAAUCCCCUGUUUGAGAAAAGGCCUAAUAAUUUUGGCAUUGGACAGGACAUCUAGCCCAAAAGAGACCUCACCCGCUUUGUGAAAUGGCCCUGCUAUCUCAGGUUGCAGUGGCAGAGAGCCAUCCUCUAUAAGCGGCUGAAAGUGCCUCCUGCGAUUAACCAGUUCACCCAGGCCAUGGACCGCCAAACAGCUACUCAGCUGCUUAGGCUGGCCCACAAGUACAGACCAGAGACAAAGCAGGAGAAGAAGCAGAGGCUGUUGGCCCGGGCCGAGAAGGAAGCCGCUGGCAAAGGGGACGUCCCUACUAAAAGACCACCUGUCCUUCCAGCAGGAGUUAACACCGUCACCACCUUGGUGGAGAACAAGAAAGCUCAGCUGCUGGUGAAUGCACAAGACGUGGAUCCCAUUGAGCUGGUUGUCUUCUUGCCUGCCCUGUGUCAUAAAAUGGAGGUCUCUUACUGCAUUAUCAAGGGGAAGGCAAGACUGGGCCGUCUAGUCCACAGGAAGACCUGCACCACUGUCGCCUUCACAUAGGUGAACUAGGAAGACAAAGGCGCUUUGGCUAAGCUGGUGGAA